AUGCUUCCUAUGCUGAGGCACCCGCACAAAUUGGCAUACGGCCUCAAUUCAAAGAUCAUCAAGAAGGUCGCAGACGCGCUAGUGGAUUCCUGGGAAAACCCCGAGGAUUUGACACAUGUUGAGUUUUUCUAUUUACUCACUUGGAUCUCCAAUACCAUCGGCAACGAUAAGUCAGCAUGGUUUGCUAUCGAGGAUGACGAAUGGUCCAAUAUGGUUACUCGCAGCUACCUGGACAUCAGAGAAUAUAUUGCUCGACAGCCCUUCAUUCUCCCUACAGCCAUUACCCCUAUGGACCGGUUAGCUCUGCACUAUGUCGUUCCCAAGUCAAAAGAAAUCCUCAAACAAGUCAUUCCAAAACUAGUUGGCUUCAUGGACCAUGACAUUUUCAAACAAGAAGAUGUGGCUCGCGAGAUCUACGAUUUGGGUUUUCUUCCUGCGCCUAUUUCCGCGAAGGACGUACCGGAAGCGGCUAGGCGUCGGGUCAAGAUGGCUGAUAUACACCUGAAGAAGGUUGUAGGAUCAGCGAUGGUUCGUGGCUUGCUUCGAAGAUGGAUUGCAGCUGGCCCAGAUCCAGUCGGCAUUCUUAAGCUGACCCAGGUUCGGGUUGAAGAUCUUUGCAAGACACUAGGAGAUGACGUUCUGCCAUCAAGGGAAUAA